AUGUCUUCUGCUGCUGUAGCCACUAAGAAAAGCAAUUCGCCUUCUGUUCAAAAAUUCAAACGUCCUGAUGUUGCUGUCAGAGAUAAGAAAUUAGAGACUUUAAAUGUUCAAUUGAAGAAGAUUGAUCAAGAAAUAGCUCUAUUAAAGAAACAAAUCGAUCAACAUCAACCAAAUGAUUUGACUCUCAAUGAAAGAAAGAAAUUACAAGAUGAAAAUAAGGAAAUCAUCAAGAAGCAAGCUACUUUGAAGGAAAAAAGAAAUAAUAUACACACACAAAUUAAAUCUUUAGAUUCUCAAAUCAAGAGAAAGACUAAUGAAAUCAAUGAAAAAUUGGGUAAACAAGCUAAAAAAUCAAAUUUUCAAUCUGCUGAUGAUGUUAAAGUAAAAAUUGAUGAAAUUGAUCAGUUAAUUGGUACAGGCAAUUUAUCAAUUGUUGAAGAAAAAUUAAUGAUUAAAGAAAUUCAAUCAUUAAAUAAAUUAAUUAAAGAUUUAAAAUUAAUUGAUCCAAUAAAAUCUUCAAUUGAUAAUGAUAAGACUAAAAUUAAUCAAUUAAAAGAUGAAUUAAACAACGAAUUGACACCACAAACUAAAGAAUUAUCUACUAAAUUCGAAUCAAAUCAAUUGAAGUUGAAUUCUAUCAAUGAAAAGAGUCAAUCUGUCUAUGAUAAGAGACAAACUGUCUAUAAUAAGCGUAAUGCUUUAUACAAGAAGCGUGAUGAAGUUUACAGUCAAAUUAGAAAGAUUAGAUCUGAUUUCGAUAAUGAAUUUAAAGCUUUCAAAUUGAAGUUAGAAAAAGAACGUUUAAAGCGUGAACAAGAUCAAUUAUUAUCAAAAUUAUUAGAACAAAAGGAAAAUGAUAUCACUAAAUUAACUGAAAAAUUAAACAUGGCAAAGACACCAGCAUUUACUUACGAAAUUGAAGCCAUUGAAAACUCUUUAGUUCAUUUAGAUCCAACUUACACAAAACCAACAAAGAAUGUGUUAUCUGGUUUCGAAUCUGAACCCUCAAAAAUUGAAAAUAAAAUCAAUAUUAAACAAGUCAAUAAUGAUGAUUUAGUCUUGGUUCAAAAAGCUGAAGUUGAUCCAUUCACCAGAAACACUGCUCCAUCAAAAUCUAAAAAAUAUAAGAAGAAGCAAUCCAAAUCAAAUGAAAAUACCGGUACUUCAGUUUUUAACAAGAUUGAUGGUAAAUUCUCUCUAGAACCAACUUUAAUUGCUACUCUUUCAGAAUUAGAUGUUGUUGUUCCAAUCUCAAAUGAUGAUGUCCAAAAGACUAUUGAUGAAUUAAAGGCCAAGCAUGAAGAACUCUUAUCUAAGCAAGAUGAAGCUACUGAACAAAAUGUCAAAGAAGCUCAAAGUAAAUUAGAUGCUUUAGUCAAAGACUAUGAAGCAAAGGAAGAAAAAAUCAAAAAGGAUUUAGAAGCUAAGAGACAAAAGGAAAAAGAACAACAGGAAAAAGAACAAGAUGAAGAACAAAGUGAAAACAAACAACAAUAA